AUGGAUCGACUACCACAAGAGAUAACCGACUCAAUCGUCGAAGCCUUUGUUCAAGAUCUUGGAAAGGCACCCCCCACGAGAUUGAGCAAAUAUCGUACCGUCUCCAAGAAUUGGCGGCGUGCUAUAGAACGGCGGCUUUUCACCAAGAUUGAUGGUAUUGCCUCUGGCUCGUUCCAGCUGUCUUUCUUCAAAAACAUCCUGGCAGGGGAAGGCAACAGGCAUCGUCGGGAAUCGGUCAGAAGCUUCACCUACACAACCUAUCUCGCAUUUCGAGGCCAGCAGGACAUGUUGGACUUUGUUCGCGAGAGCCAACUUAGACUUCUGGAUGAGUUCAGUCAGCUGUUCACUGUCAUUAACGACAUAUGGCCAACCGACCAGGGAACGAACAGUACCUCUCCACAGCCGCUGGCGCUAACCGUUAGUAUCGUCGGAAUCGGACACUGGAAAUCUGAGUACGAUGAGAGCACCUUCACAUCUCAUCCACAAGCGGCAGCAAGCCUUCCACUCACUCCAGCAAUUAUCUCCCUCGAAAUCGUUUUCGAUCAGGCAUGGAACAAGGGGCGCCGCCCUCGGCGCUUCAAACAAUCAGGCGGGGGCAACCAGGUACCUCCUUCAUGGAUCUUGCAACCGUUGAUGGCCAAGCUGCCCUCGGUUGGAAAACUCUCGUAUGAGAUGUUCAACUUCCUCGGGCAGGAACAGUUUUGGGACCGUUUGUUCACAGAUACAUUCAAAUUCCUCUCGGGCCCAAUGACUGCAAACUUGACCGAGCUAUACCUCCACAUCGGUCCGUUUGGCCUCAAUACCUUCAACCAAACUCCCAGCGAACUCUGGGUCUCCAUGAUGGCUAGGAACAGCGACGAAGACGACCACAAUCCCCGUUUCAACGCAGCGUUGAGACAACUUAGUCAACAGCUCAGUGUCCUUCACGUCUCCGGGCUGUUUGCAGUCCACCCUGAGCUCUUCUACCCCAAAGAGCUCGCUAAACAGCACGACAGAGUCCAGGAAGCCAGGCUUCGAGAGCAAUCGGUCGGUCGAGGUUCCACAAUCGAUCGGUUUCUCUUACGAGAGCCCCAGGAGCUCAACCAUCUUGCUGUCAGUCUAACGCGCGGUAUGCUCUGCAUGCCAAAGCUUGAGAGUGUCGAGAUUGCCUUCCGGGUCAUGGUCAAUCCCCAGAAGCUAGCAGUAGGGUUAUACAGAAGAGGGGAUUACGAUCUUCCUGGUCGUUGCGAGAGAAUAAGGUAUCAGAGGAAAUGGCUUGCGGAGGCUCUUGAAGUGUUGGAUACCUCUAGCACUGGGGACAGUCACGAGGAAGGCGACAGUGGUGCACACUUCUAUACUUGCUACCUUCUGAAUGACGUCGAACUUUACGAGAAUGAUGCGCUCAGGUCGGAGAUUUCAGACGAGGUGGAGGAGAAUCUGGUGGAGUUGCGGCGUAGACUUAGGGGGGUUGGAUUGUCUCGGUUCCCCUAUUGGUGA